AUGGGUGGAGGCGGAAAGAUCCCAUACCCCAAGGAAGUCUGGUCUCCCUCCGGAGGCUGGUACGCUCAACCUGCAAACUGGAGGGCGAAUACCGCUAUUAUCGGUGCCGCCAUGAUCGGAAUCGUCGCUGCGGUAUGGAGCAUUAGCGCGGAACGCGAACAACGGGAUAAGAUGCCAGAGCCCGGCCGGUUCUUCCCCAGCCGAUACUGGAGCAAGCAGAUUAUCGAACACGAGAGGCAACAGACCGCCAAGAACGACUCAUAA